AUGAAUCAGCUUGGUGCCAUUAUGUCUCGUCUUUCAAAGGUCCAUUUCGAUAAGAUUGGAUCGCUAUUUGAGGACGAUACCGGUGGAUUUUCAGUGGGUGAAUGUCUAUCCCCUGUUUUUACGUGGCAGUCAAGAGACUCCCUUGAAACGGAAAUAGAACGAGGUCCCUUUAAAGACGAAACUCUCUACCUCCGGUCUUUGAUAUCAACUUUUACUGCUCAUGCAGAGGAGCUACCACUCACACCUUACCUGUUCUUCUCGCCACUGCCCAAACCAGCUGAUUACCCGACAUGGGACAGCUUUAGGGCUGCUGCCGAUAGAAGAGGCGACUUCAUAGUCGUCGGCGAUAAACUAGAGGGUAGCAAGAAUCGACUAGACUACUGCAUUGCAGGUCAGAUACUCCAAGAAAUGAUACAAGAACUAUCAUCUGGUUCGACUGUUUUCACCAUAUCACAUCCUGAUCUACAUACGGGAAAUGUACUUGUUGAUGAAGAUCUAAACGUCACAUGCAUUAUUGAUUGGGGUUCUGCUAUAACAGGUCCCAUGACGGAGCUAUUAGCGACUCCAGGGCUCGCAGGCUCUUCAAAACCACCUUUAGCAACUCUCACUGCUGCUUUUCAAGCCGGUUUUUCAGAAGAAUAUUUAAACAUCAGCCAGGACAUGUGGAGAAGAGGUGAGAUGAUGUGGAGUUUUUCUCGCUUGGUACGUCUUUUAUCUGGUCAGGAUCUUUCCCUGUUUCAAAUGUUGUAUGAUCUUGUUUAUAAGACCGGAGUUGAAAAUCCAUCUGACUUAAGAGAUUUUGGUUGGCUGUUUCAUCAGCGGGCUAUGGCCCCAAGUAACAAGCAGCUUCUCUCCGAGCUGAAGGAAGAUGAUUUGACAGACGCUGAGGUGAAAGAACGAGAGAAAGACGUCUUCUCUGGAGACAAAUUGGAGAGGUUGGCUGUGGCGAGGAAGCUAACGCUGAUGGCUGAAAUGAACCCGAGAUUCGUUGGAGAUAGGCGGCUGUGGCGAUGGAUCGAAGAGGCUCUGAAGGGCCCUGCUCAUGAUGAUAUCAAGGGAAAGGAUGCGCCUGCAUGA